CGCCCUAACUGGCUGGGUGAGCACAUUUGGAACUCUUUACUGGCCCAUUGGAAUACAGUAGAGUUCCGCAAUAAGUGUGCCAAAGCCCAGCGGAACAGAGCGUCUGAAAGGGGUGGCACCCUGCAUACUGGUGGGUCGAUCACCAUUCAUGAGCAUGCCAUUCGUAUGGCACAGGCUCUAGGACGGGCGGUCCAUGUUGAUGAGGUCUUUGCACAGACUCAUGUUCGGAAGGGAACUAAUCAAUUUGUUGAUGAAAGAUCUCGGAAGACUCAUGAAGACUUUUCUACGAGACUUUCACAGGUUAGAUCUGAACAUGAGUCAGCUCCUACACCGGAUGAUGCCAGUAAUGCAGAUGAUGACAUCUGUAGGACGCAGUGCUGGAUCGACACCGUUGGUGGGAAGAAAAAGGGACGAGUGUAUGGUGCGGGACAGCUUGCUGCAAACUAUACAGCAUCCAGAGGAGGUACUCUGAAGCACCAGCCUUCUUCUUCCACCAGUACUCCUGACGAGGUUCUUCAACUCAGGCAGGAACUCCAUGAACGUGACCAGGAGCUCACUGAUCUCAGAGCAGAGUUUACUAAUUUUAAGGCCCUGGUCAUGACUGUCUUGCCUCAAACCUCACAGGACGUGUGGGUUGCAAAGAAAUAUCAUUUCUCUGAAACCUGA